ACCCAAAGCCUCCACCCGUUCAAUUCGACUUCGUCAUCGUCGACUGGUCGCCCGAUGGAUACAUGAAAUUAGGCUCACUCUGCAUCUUCCCAGGCCAGGACUCGAGCUUACUGCAGAAAGCUGCUAAAUUUCAUGAAUCUGAGUCCAAGAACUGCUGAUCUCCGAAAAUGAGAAGACUUGCGCACAGACAUCAGCUAAAGCAAUCAGGAGUUAGGGGAAUGUUCGGCAGAUUAGCAAUCGCCGUCAUUGUGCUGGUGAUCUGUACUAUUUCUCUCUUGUCCACUAUAAAGAGCACCACUAGAUCCGUCUCCCGUUCGGAGAUUGAUGUGGAUAGCCUUUGGGACACGGCAGCUUCUGAUGGGUGGAGACCCUCAUCUGCACCAAGAUCUUAUUGGCCCCCUCCACCUGAAGAAACCAAUGGCUACCUACGUGUUCGUUGCAAUGGUGGCCUAAAUCAGCAAAGAAGUGCGAUCUGUAAUGCUGUUCUUGCUGCUCGAAUUAUGAAUGCUACACUUGUGCUUCCUGAACUUGAUGCCAAUUCCUUCUGGCAUGAUGACAGUGGUUUUCAUGGUGUUUACGAUGUCAAGCAUUUUAUUGAGGCAUUGCGAUAUGAUGUGAAAAUAGUUGAAAGUAUUCCAGAAGUCAAGAAGAAUGGGAAAAUCAAGAAGAUUAAAGCUUUCCAGAUAAGACCACCAAGAGAUGCUCCUAUCAGUUGGUACACAACAGAUGCUUUGGAAAAGAUGAGAAAGCAUGGUGCCAUUUAUCUUACACCUUUCUCACACCGCUUGGCUGAAGAAAUUGACAACCCUGAGUACCAGCGGCUUAGGUGUAGAGUGAACUAUCAUGCCUUAAGAUUCAAGCCUCAUAUAAUGGAGCUUAGUAACUCAAUAGUGAAUAGACUUCGUGCACAAGGGCACUUCAUGGCAAUACAUCUUCGAUUUGAGAUGGAUAUGCUGUCAUUUGCUGGAUGCUUUGAUAUAUUUACACCAGAAGAACAGAAUGUUCUGAAGAAAUAUCGGGAAGAAAACUUUGCACCAAAGAAACUUGUUUAUAGUGAAAGAAGGGCAAUUGGAAAAUGUCCUCUAACUCCUGAAGAGGUUGGUCUUAUCUUGCGAGCUAUUGGUUUUGACAACAGCACCAGAAUAUAUUUGGCAGCUGGCGAUCUAUUUGGUGGUGAGCGAUUUAUGAAGCCUUUUCGAUCCUUGUUCCCUCACCUUGAGAAUCACACUACAGUUGACACCACUGGGGAACUGGCCAAGAAUACUCGUGGUCUUCUGGGGUCGGCUGUAGAUUAUAUGGUUUGCCUUCUUUCUGACAUAUUCAUGCCGACCUAUGAUGGGCCAAGUAACUUUGCAAAUAAUCUUCUUGGCCACCGCCUCUACUUUGGUUUUCGUACAAACAUAAAACCAGAUAGAAAAGCACUGGCACCUAUCUUUAUUGAGCGGGAGAAGGGCAAGGGACAUGCCUCAGGUUUUGAAGAAUCUGUGAGGCAGGUGAUGGCAAACACAAACUUUGGCGGACCUCACAAGCGAGUCCCUCCUGAAUCAUUCUAUACAAAUUCUUGGCCUGAAUGCUUCUGUCAGAUGUCUGCUUCGAAUCCAGCCCACAAGUGUCCGGAGAAUGAUAUUUUAGCAACCUUGGACAGUCAAAUCAGAAAAGGAGAGGUCCAUGAUGAGACAAACCGAUAGAUAACACGACAUAUUAAGCAUAAGUAGGAUUUUCCAUGGAACAUUCAGUGAGUCCAAGAUGCCAACAGCCGGCAAACCGGUGUGUGAUAGACAACACGUAAUUGGAGCCAGCCACAAAUGAAAAUGGUAUUUCUCGUUGAUCUGAUAUGAUCUGGCUUCCCUCAUCCAUUUCUUCUUAUUGUGACAAAGCUUUUGAUCGGAGAGCGGAGUCUUCUGAAAAUUCAGACACCAAAUAGAUUAGAGGGUGGGUGCUUCAUUAGACAAGGUAAAUGAAACUUGAUCCCUGCCUGCCUGUGCGUGCCAUUUGUUGCUUGUUGCUUAUGAACUGAACUAAUUAAUAUGUUUGCAUUACUUUAAGCUUAUACUGUUACCGGCAUUAUUGCAAUGGUUUGGGUCGAGGAGAGUUAUUAAGAUAGCCUUGUAGUAGUUAGUACUAGUAGUACUACAACUGCAAACAAUGUGCCAUUUACUAAGAUUCUUUAUUAUUCCACACACUCACAAACUAUAUAUCUAUAGAUCAUCUCCAUCUUUCCUUACUACUAUUAUUUUCUUU